AUGGCGGACGACGCAGCAGCGACACCCGCGCGAGGACGCGGUCGACCACCCAAGGCCCCCGGCUCAGCAUCGACGCCCAAGGCCGCAGCUUCGACAGCUGCUGACGGGCAGCCGAGAAAGCGAGGCCGUCCGCCGAAGAAUGGCGGCCCAGUGACACCCAAGCCGGUCGUGCUGGAUGCGAACGGCCAGCCCAGGAAGCGAGGCCGGCCGCCAAAGAACGGCAUCGCAGCACAGUCGAAGUCCAAGACCGACGCCUCAGGAGCCUCUGCGUCGGCGAAGAAGAGAGGACGGCCUCGCAAGGACGCAUCUGACGGCGAUGGGGCGGACGCGAGCCCACCUGCCCGGGGACGGCCAAAGAAGGACGCCGACGCGAAAAGCAAUGGUGCAAAGGGGACGACGGGGACGGGGACGCCGGGGCGAGGGAGAGGACGGCCGCCUGCGAACCCGCUGCAGAAGUUCCUGGGCUCGUUUGCUCUGGAGUGUGCGGCCGUCAGCGACGAGUGGCCGGACCAGUGCGACUCGAUGGACAUGUCGAUUUCAGCCUCUGACCUGGACCCCUGUGGCAUGGUCGCGUCGUUCAACCUGGGCAUCGUCGAGGGUACCAUGCUGCUUGCCUUGACUCAAGACGAGCUCAACGCCUUUCACAGCAAGGUCGAGGGCGGUUCCGGUGCGUGUUAUUCCAUCAAACUAUGCCAUGACUAUCCCCCAGUUCAGCUGCUAACCACGCUCAAUUCAACAGACUCCGACUCGGAAGAGGACGCAGAGUGCGACGAACCACCAGCGAAGAAGGUCAAGAGCGCCGCAGACGAGGAUUCUCUGCGGCUUUACUUCAAGUGGAAAGGCCGGAACACAACUGACACCGAGAUACAUGACGGGAGCAGGGAUGUCGGCACCAUAGACUUCCUUGACUCCAAAGCAAUACAGUUCAAGGGCAUCGGAAGCUUCCCUGCCCUCGGAUCCAAGUGCGAAUUCACAGGAACAAGAUACGACAAGGAGCCUACCACCGUUCCUCUGCCCUGGAGCACCUUUUCAGACGAGGCUGCUCAACUGGCCAACGAGAACAGAUGGUAG